AUAUUAUCAACCUGAAUGGGAUAUAGAGUCAUUAAGUUUAUAUUCAGAGCACCAAUCAAAUUAAGCAAGCCUGGGGAACUUCGUGAGGAAUAUGAAAGCCUGAGAAAGCUGAGAGAAGAAAAGUUACAAGAGGAGAAAACAUCUGAAGAUCAAAUCCACAGGCUGUUACCAGAGGAUACAGAAAUGGGAAAAAGGAAAAUGGAUGAACAGAAAAAAAGAGAUGAGCCAUUAGUACUGAAGACAAAUCUAGAGCGUUGUCCUGCACGUCUCUCAGAUUCAGAGAAUGAAGAACCUUCUCGAGGCAAGAUGAUACAGACACACCGCUCGGCAUUUGUUUCCAAGAACAACUCCUACUCCUUAUCUUUCCUGGCAGGGAACCUAAAUUCCAAGAUGGAAAGGAGUCAGAGCUGCAGUGACACUGGUCAGGACAGAGUGAAGGGCAGACUGAGAGCAGCCCCAACCAGCAAAGCCAAGGUCACAACCAUGACCCCAGCCUCCAACCCUAUCAUUGGUGUCCUCUUGUCCACCCAAAACAACCGCUGCCUCUCGGCCCCUGACUUAACCAUUGAAAAGCGUCUGCCCUUCAGCUCCCUCUCAUCCUUGGCUUCCUUGCAUAAGCCAGAGCGCUCCAUCAGCCCUGAGAGCAACGACAGCAUCUCCGAAGAACUAAACCAUUUCAAGCCCAUUGUCUGCUCACCAUGUACUCCUCCCAAGAGACUCCCUGAUGGCCGUGUACUGAGUCCCCUUAUCAUCAAAUCAACACCCCGCAACCUAAACAGAAGCCUGCAGAAGCAGACUUCUUAUGAGGCCAGUCCACGGAUCCUCAAAAAGUGGGAACAGAUCUUUCAGGAGCGGCAAAUCAAAAAGACCCUUUCGAAAGCCACCCUCACCUCCCUGGCUCCAGAAACAGGGGAAGACUUACUCGUCACUGAAGUCACCCAUUCUAGCAAGGAGAAGCCACUUCUGGCUUUAAAUACAAGACUGUCCAGUGGGCAAGUACUCUCUGAGUAUACAGGACCUACCCCCACUGACCUUGAUUAUUUCCCUUCUGUUAGCCAGACGAAAGCAGAGCAGGGCAGUGACAGUAAAAGGAGCACUGAGAUCCCAUUAGAAACCUGCUAUUCUUCAGAGCUCAAAGUGGGAGCCAGUGGGACUUCUUUGGAGAGAGAGCAGUUUGAAGGGUCAGGGUCAUCCCCAGAUGCCAAGUUAGAUAAAACCUGUAUAACAACAACUAUGAAAAUCUCAGCAGUUAAUUCAGUGCUACCUAAAAACAGUGUUUUGGGCGGGGUCCUCAAAACAAAGAAACAGCUGAAGGCAGUUAAUCAUUUUGACAUGCCUAAUGGUGUUCUGGCAGACAGCCUAGGUGAGGAGCCACUUCCUUCCUUGCGUCGCGGCAGGAAAAGACGCUGUAAGACCAAGCACUUGGAACAAAAUGGCUCCCUUAAGAAACUGCGACAAAGCAGUGGUGAGGUGGGUCUGGCCCCAGCAGACCCAGUACUGCGAGAGAUGGAGCAGAAAUUGCAGCAAGAGGAAGAGGACCGGCAGCUCGCUCUGCAGUUGCAGCGCAUGUUUGACAGCGAGAGGCGGACUAUAUUUGCUGAGCUUCGAACUUGUGCCAACCCUGUGCAAAGUCAUGGAUAUAAAGAUGGAAAGGACAGUCCUGCUCUUGAUGAGCUCAGUGUCUACUGGAAUGUAUUUAAAUGCAUGUGUGGCUGGAGAGCUCGUUAAUGGUUUCAUGAAAGACCAUAGUGAUGAUCUUGGAUGGCCCAUUCAAGGUACUGUCCAGCACCCUUGAACAUUUUACAUACCUCCAUCAGUAUUUGUGAAUUUGAUUGCAAUACUGCUCUCCAUUUCUUAAGUAAUUUUACCAGUGGAGAAUGAUUUUUCUCCUCCGGUGAUUAUAGGACAAUAGCAUCUCUUUAGGAGCUGCUUUUAGCAUAAAGCCUCAAGAAAUGAGGAAGGCUGUGGAUCACUGACAUGGUCAGAGGAGGCUAACUCUCAACUUAGUAACCUACUAACCUCUUCCCCAACCAGACCUCUCACCAGAGCUGGCAGCAACUUGGGAUUCCUUUCCUUUUUCCUGCGUGGCUUUCCAUUGAGAUGGAAGGCGAGCAGGUGAGGAAGGGAAGAUAAAUGAAGGCUGGAUCAUAAUCAUAAAAUGUGUUAUGUAGCUGGAAUGGGCAUGGAAAUUAUCCAAGUCAAACUAUACCCCCUGAUGCCCUUCUUUUUUUUAAGAAAUGAGGAACUUGAGGUUCAGUGUCCUGUGUCAUAUUUGUACUGUAGUUGUCUAGGGUCUGAAUGAAUGGUCCUCUAAGUUACACACACACAAUCUGCUAAUGAGGGGGACACCCGAAUGAUUGUUUUUUUUCCUCUUGCUUUUUUCAGUUAGAAUUAAAAUGUACCCAGAUCCCCUGAAUACACACCCAGGCAGGGAAAACCCCCAUAGUGAGAGUAAAGUGAAUGUGAAAUCUUGGGAAGUGAUAUAUUUUGAUUGGAAUAGCCGUCAUUUUAACUACCAAGGAUUAGAACCCAACCAACCCUUCACUUUACUUUGAAAAUCAAGAACUCCUUGGUGACUUAAUUUUUCUCAGCCAGCCUUUUCCUUAUCAACCCAGAUUGGUCUUUUGACUUGCGUUUUAGAAGGGAGUAUAGCUGUUUGUAAAUUCUUGUGACUCAAUGAGAAAGCAGGUCUGCUUUU